AUGCAUCCCAUCUCCAUCCUCCUCCUCCUGGCGUGUGUAACGCCGCUACCUGCCCCCUCCGUCGCCGUGCCCUUUCAACAGAGGGGUCUCCCAGUCCUGAGCAAGACCAUCGAUGUUCAAAGCCUGAUGAUGAUGAUGAUGAAUGAUGAGGCAGAAGGGUCAGGCUAUGAGGAAGGUCCACCAGCAGAACAACCAACUUGCCCAUUUGGAUGCCAGUGCAAUCUCAGGGUAGUUCAGUGCUCUGACUUGGGUCUGCAUUACGUGCCAUAUGAUAUCCCUCCUGAUACCAGACUGCUGGACUUGCAGGGCAACUAUAUCACAGAGAUCAGAGAGAAUGACUUUAAGGGACUGCGCAACCUCUAUGCUCUGGUGUUGGUGAACAAUAUGAUCACCAAGAUCCACCCCCGUGCCUUCCUGCCCCUCGAACGCAUGCAGAAGCUCUACUUGUCCCACAACAGGCUGACCGCUGUUCCCAAGAACCUCCCCGUCUCUCUGGUGGAGCUCCGAAUCCAUGACAACCAAAUUAAGAAAGUAGCAUCUGGCACCUUCUACGGUCUAACUAACAUGAACUGCAUUGAGAUGGGUCGCAAUCCCAUCAAGAACAGUGGUUUGGAGCCAGGUGCCUUUGACGGACUUCACCUGAGCUUCCUGCGCAUUUCAGAGGCAAAACUCACUGGCAUUCCAAAAGACCUCCCUUAUAGUCUCACUGAGUUACAUCUGGAUCAAAAUCAAAUCCAGGCCAUUGAGUUGGAAGAUCUGCUGCAAUACGGGCAACUGUUCAGGCUUGGCCUCAGCUACAACAAGAUCCGCCAUAUUGAGGAUGGCAGCCUGUAUUAUGUGCACAGUCUACGUGAGCUUCACUUGGACAAUAACCUGCUUUCCCGUGUGCCUGCUGGGCUGCCAGAGAUGAAGCACCUGCAGGUGGUCUACCUCCACUCCAACAACAUCAGCAGCGUGGGUGUGAAUGACUUCUGCCCUCGGACCUUCGGCACCAAGAAGACUUUCUAUAACGGCAUCAGUCUCUUCAACAACCCUAUCCAGUACUGGGAAGUGCAGCCUGCCACUUUCCGCUGUGUCAGUGGCAGAAAUGCCAUACAGUUUGGCAACUACAAGUAAUGAUGACCUCUACGUACAGAGGAAUGCGAGCCACCCUGCUGGAAAUGUGCUAGGGAAGCGCUACCACACUUUCAAAACAAUUAUGAAAAAACAUUUAGGAAUUAAGUUGUAUUGGAUCAUACCAGAGCAAGCUGUGGCAGCUAAUUUUAAGUAGAGACAAAAAAAGGCUAA